AUGCCUUUGCUGGAACUGCCGCCUGAGAUAUUCAAAGAUAUCACUAGUUUCUUAGUGGGCUCAGAAGGGCUGAAGCAUGCCGUGAAGUAUCGUGGGGUUUGCAGAACUUUCAAGCAAUACAUAACAGCAGAGUCGUACGAGCAGGCUACUAUGGUACCUCUUGACGAGCUUUUUGGGAGCCAACAACUCAAGAAUAUCCUUCAUUCCCAGCGUGCUCUUAUCCUCACCAAGCGGACCAUUCGUCGCAUGGACAAAAAUAACAUCGUUUUCGACUUUGUUCGAAGAUGCGUAGACUUUGCUUUGUCGCAGGGUAUAAAAACGAAAAAGAGCCAGGAGUCACCACGCUUUCAGUGCACUUUCAGAAUAUGGACCAUGCUGAUCGCAUUGUGGCCCGUCUCUCUGGAGUCACGGCUGAAAGGCAAAAAGGACUCAACCGCAUUGGUACUAAUCCCAAAGAUGCAAGCCAUCACGCCUGCCAUCGCAGCAGCAUUUAACGACUCCGAUACGUUGCUUCAACACGUUAAUACCGGCUCGCACCUGCUUAAACCUGCAUACAAAGCAUUGCCAAAUGCCCUCGAUGCUGCAACGAUCUCUGGAUGCAGCAGAUCCCUGUCUACUAUUAUCACAUGUCUUCUCAGACAAGCGAGAGGUGACAGUGCCCCGGGUCAAGGCAAGGUAUGCGAUGUUGCUCUCGCAGUUGUUAGCUCAUUACGAUUAGCUAUUCGAUUACGUAAACCAAGGGCGGCGCACGUAUUGUUUGACUAUAUAGUCGGUAACAAGAUGCUCUUGCUGUCAACUUCAAACAAUCUCGCGGAUGAUUUACUCGAAUAUUGUAUAAAAUAUACCUACCUUGCCUUACUUCCAAGGGUUUUCUGUCUCAGAUACGGAUGCUUCAUUACCUCGAUAGAGGGUGCAGUCAGGAACUGGAUCGUCAAUUCUGACGAUUAUCAUCAUCUCUAUAUAUAUGGUGGUGUGAAGACUCUGCAGUUCUUUCUCAAGCACAAGAUUGUGGAUCCCAACACGCACAGCCCUUAUUCCCCUACCAGAACAGACAUCACACCUCUCAUGCUGGCUUUGAGGAACAAGCGUUAUGAUCUUACUCGCGUCUUGAUUGAGAACGGUGCGGACGUCAACGCAAAGUCAAAAGACGGGACUGGCGAAUCAACACUGAUGUUUGCUGUCGAACACGGAUAUUAUCAAGAUGUUCAGUUUCUUCUCGUUCGCGGGGAAAGCUCUCUCACAAAAUCUGUAUACGAUGAAGCUUACAAAAUCGCUUAUAACAAUGGUUGGGGCAGAUGUGCAAUGCUCAUUGAGAAAGCAAAGAAGCAAGGCGCUGAGUCUAUCCGACACUUGACAUUUCGGAACAGACAUGUAGACGAGAAAGGAGAGUUACAUCUAGUGUGGUUAGGUUUGGAUGAUUAG